CUCUGCGUGAUUUGCGAAAUACAUCACUAUCACACAACAAACCCAUUACCACUAGCGACCAGACGCUUACGAGAACGUAGUUGGCUCAAAGACUUCACGGAGAAAGUUCCUUUCAUGCAUUAAUUCAGUUCACACAGACUUGUAAUUACCAUGUAUUCUUUACGAAGUAGGCAUUAAAGCAGCUUAGAGCUAGCUCCCAGCAAUGGCAGUCAUCGUUAGUGAGCCACACAAGGAGCUUGUCGGUGGUGGUGACAAUGCCAAAUACGUUAAAGAAUGUACAGAGAUGUACCUUGGUGGCAAGGGGAUAGAGAAAAUUAGAGGUUUUGAGCCAUUUGUCAACUUGGAAAGCCUAUGGCUCAAUAACAACAAGCUGAAGAAGCUCAACAACCUGGAUGUCCAGAAGCGGUUAAAGGCUUUAUAUGCUCAGGACAACCAACUUUGCACGCUCAAGGGAAGCCUGCAGCACUUCAAGUUCCUUGAGACGCUUGACCUGAGCAAUAACCAGCUCCGAGACCUGGAGAAGCAGCUGCGGGUGCUUGAGAAGUUCAAAUUCAUCAAGGACCUCAACCUCAAGGGAAACCCCAUGUGCGAGGAGCCCGACUACCGGCUGCUGGUGGUGCAUAGCAUGCCGGCGCUGCAGGUGCUGGACCAGCACGUCAUCACGCCGCUGGAGCGCCGCCGGGCUGCCGGCAUGAUCGGCGGCGACGUGGCCACCCUCACCGUGGCGUUCGGAUGCCGCGUGCCGCAGUACGACCCCGCGUGGGACGAGAAGGUGCCGGAGCGGUCGCCCCUGGAGCAGCAGCUCAUCAAGGAGGCCGCCACCAUCCGCGACACCCUGCGCCACGAGGCCUACAUGCGCGAGCGCGGCAUGUUCCUGCACGACCCCCACCCCGAGGUGCCGCGAGGGCCCUCCCUGCCGCCCAACGCCGGCACCGUGCGCGCCAUGCAGGUGUGGCGGCAGCAGCAGCUGCUGCAGGAGCAGCAACAGCAGCAGCGGCAGCAGAAGCAGAAACAAAAGCAGCAGCAGCAGCAACAACAGCAACAACAGUCCCAACAGCAAUCACAACAGCAGCAGCAGCAAGGGGAGGGAGCCAAGGGGCAAACGGAGUUGGGGAGAAAAGACGCGGGCGUCCUGGGUGUGGGGUUCGGUCGUACUCGGCUGAGCGGCAGCGGUGUCAUCCUGACGACUGGGACGCCGCGGCAGCGCUCUCCCCGGUCACCUCGCCGCGGGAGAGCGGCCAGCGGCAAGGGCGGCAACGCAAGGGGGAGCGGGAGCGCUCGGGGGGUGCAAAGCGGGCGGAAGGAUCAGGGGAGUCCCAGACGGGCAGCCAGCGCUGGCACCACGUCGGACGGCUACCUGCCGCGGGACAAGCUGGUGCUCUACACCAUGCGGGCGGCCCAGGACCCGCUUGCAACUGCCGGCAGCACCCCGGGCACCGGAGCCAGCACCCCGGGGGCCACCUCCUCCAAGCCGCCACCUGGCUUCGGCAGCAUUCGCUUCCAGCGCGAGGAGUACGAGCAGUUCCUGUCGCAGCGGGCGGCCGGGUCGCUGGGCUGGGAGAUGAGCCAGGCGGCGGUGCUGCUGUGAGGGGGGCGUCACGGAGGCCAGCCGGGACCCACCCACAGUGGCUUGCGUGGGGGGGAACUGGGGUGCAGCCGGGCGGUGGGUGAUGCAGCUAGGGGACUUGCAGCUGGGAAUGCACUGCACCUGGAGCGGCUAGGGGCGCCAUGCAGGCUACCGUAAUGGAUCGAGGCUGCAGGCAGCUGCGCUGUCAUGGUAUCCUGCAGAUACUGCUAAAGUACGGCAUUGGACACAAUACGACACGGUGGCUGUGACAAUGACGGUGAACGUAGGGGCGAUGUGAUGAGGUGGUUGCGGUUGCAUGUGCUAUGUGGUAGAGGCGCCGGCGAGCGGCACAAGAGGAGGUACGACAGGCCC